AUGCCACAUGGUGCCAAAGGUUCAGUUCUCACCUGCAUGAAUUCGUUGGCUUUUUCUGUGGGAGCUUCUGAUGCGCGUCCAGCAUGGGAGCACCUCCUUAAACGCAGGAAGGACGGAACUUCAAUGACAUACCCAGCUGCCGAGACCCUGCUCGUGCUGCUCUGGCAUCUUCGGAGUGCCGGCCGCACCGCAGCGGCGAUUUCACUGGAACUGCUUGUCGGACGGCUGGGGCUCGCACCGCAGUCCGACUGCGACCACGAACCCGUUCUGAAGGUCUUGUUUUUGCUUUGCAAGACUUUGGCCUGGGAUUCCGGACUCGGCACGGUGUCUAGGCAGGCAUUGUAUGAGACUGGCUACAUGUCAAGCACUAGAGCUGCUGGCAGCUUCCUGCGCAGAAGUUCUGGAAGACAAACCGAGGGGGAGCUGCGACAACACCUCCUUGAAAACAGCGGGAGCGAGCCCAAACAGCCUUUUGCCUCUGACUUAGAUCCAUGGCACUGGCUCACACCGCAGGUUGCACCAAACAGGAAGGAAUCCAAGGAAGUACCGGAAGUGCACGAGAAGGUUCCACUUAAGGCUUCCGAAAAGGUGUCGGGAUUCUUCGAUAUUCCGAGAUGUCAGGUGGAGGCAUCACGGACCCCACCAGCAGACCAUCCAGAGCCAGAGCCGGACAGCGAGCCUCCGUGCUUGGAAGCGCCGACGCCAGCAAGGGAGCCCGUUGGCUUCGUCCAUGAGGACGCCCAUGGAAGCAGGCAGGAGAAGUGGCAGCGUUUGUGGGAGAGCACAGUCUCGGCAGUAGACUCUCGCGAAUCUUGGGGGUGCAUCGGCGCUUCAGCAACUUCGCAUGCGGCAUCGCUAAUGCUUCGCUUUGCCUGGCUCGCUCUUCACGGAAUUUCAUCUUCCUGCUUCAGGGUCCGUGACAUGCUGGUGCAGUGCAUCGCGAAGGGUUCACAGCAAGCAUUACUGGGAGCGUGGGCAGAUAUCUGCAGCAGCUGCUUGCGACUGAAACAGUUAUCCGGUUCCCUUGGCCGCAGUGCGAGCCUGACUGCCCAGGCAUUGGGAAAUGUAACCCGAGAUCUGCUCAAUAUCCUGGACGGAAAGGUGGCCGCUGCUCUGCGAGAAGGCCGCAGCUUUCUCCAGUUCUGGGUAGGGCUGCAGCCGUGGCUGCGACAGCUGCAAGAAGUGCUGGCCCUGUGUGGCUGCCAGAAGCAGUCGAAGCAGCCAGUGGCCCAGGCGCUGUCGGCCCUGUCUCGAGGACAGCUCUUAGACGGCUUGCUGGGCUUUGUCCGUGCGCACGAACUGUCCGCAUUGCGGUGGCAGGCAUGCAGCCGCCCGCGCGGGUCAUUGGAGCCGGCUCAUCCCAUGGACCUGGUGCCUUUGUGGAUCCUGCAACGGUCUCUGCAGCCACUGUUCCAAAGCCUCACCGCACGGCUGCGGGGUGAGGAGAGCGACGCAACCAGCCGUGGCUUGACAUUCCCGGAUUUCUUGAGUUCCAUCCACCUGCCGCUUUCUACACUGCCGCACAAGUUGCGGAUCCUGGAUUGCAGCGAGCCAGGUGACGAGGCCUCGUACGCUGUCCAUUCUUUCGGCAGCUGCUUUGACAGUUUUGACCGCGAAGUGCGAGCCUUUGCGUCCAGUAGAUCAGAUUUGGAUGUGGAUCGGAACCAAGAACCCAACCCGAUUCGGAGCUCCGGCUUCCGCCUGCUCGUAUCCGCAGAGGGCGGCUCCAGGCCACCUGACCCAGAAGCUGCAAAAGCGCUUUCGGAUCAGCUGGUGUUCAGGAGGCGGACAGCGGAACGACUUCGGGGCCUUCAAGCUCAGAGCCAGCGUCCCUCCUCGCCACGAGCACUUCCUGCCGCAACCGCUGCUGUGGAUAAUUUGCAGGAUGCUAGACAGAAGCAGCAAAAACAGCAAGAGUACAAGGCUGCUCUGGAUGCCCAGGUGGCAGAACGAUCAGAGCUUCUGCGUAUUGAGGCCAGACGUGAGGAGGAGACGGCCCUAGCUGUCUUGCAGCCACCCUCUCCACGCACUCUGCAAGAUGCAAGAGAAGCGCUGGACGCAGAGCAUCGCCAGCGGAUGCAGCAGACUGCCCAGGAGCAACAGUUGCUGAAGUGGAAGCUGCACCGCCUCCGGGGCACACCGGGCACACCUCGGCCCGAGCAGCCAGGCUUCUUGGCAGCGACGGCACUUGCCCGUGCAGAGGGCGCUGUGGAGCUGAGCUCAAAGCAAGAAGCUCCGGCUCCGCAAGUGGAGAGCGGCCUGAAGGGCCUCGUGCGAACGGUGCUUCAAGGACUCUACGCCCGGGCCGGUGUGCAGGCAUCGGUCGUUACCGAACCUCCGAGCACGAGGGCAGUGAGCACGAGGAGUGCAGUGCCCCAGGCCGCUUCCCAGACAGCGCCCAGAGUCGGCGAGAUCCCAACUUCGCCUUCGCGGCCCGUCAAGGUUCACAGCCCUGCUCCGUCACCUGUUUCUGCUGUUGCGGAGCCGAAAACUUUGGAGCGUCCGCCGCUCUACGAGGCCGAGCCGAUGAACAUGACCCAGGAUGCAGAAAUGAUCUGGAAAGGCGGUGCGGUGCCGCUUGAAGUUAGUUUGGAGAACUGCCUCAUCCGACCACUUCGCAUUCAGUCGCAUUGGGUGGAGAAGGCUGUCGUAACGAAGUUCGUCUUCGAGCUCAAUCUUCCUCGCCACCUGAAGCUGCUGCAGCGCUACAUCUUGAUGGGCGAGUCGCGGCUGCUAGAGCCUUUUUUGGCGAAGGCCAUCGCCCUCUACGCCAACCGGCCAAUCCUUGACGAGGCCUCCGUUGUGGAAGGAGCACUCCAGGCGCUCUUCCAGUCGGUGGUGCCCCGGCCUUCGUCUCCGGAGGAUGACGCUCUGCUGAGCAGAAUCUUUCUGCAGUUGAGCCCUGCGCCCUCCUUACUAGGCCACGGGCCGGUGUCUUUCCUUGAUGGCAUCAGGUUCAGAAUGAAGCUCGAGUUCCCUAUGAGCGAGAUCUUCACUGAGCGUGUGCUGAUGCAGUACACGAGGCUCUUCCGGAUCAUCGCUUUAGCGCACCACGCCCUCGAGUGCCUCAAGGGAGCUUGGGGUGCCCUGGCUGGCAUUGGCGCAGGCAGCAGGGGCUCUGCGAUGCCGCCGACGGCCCUCAUCGCAUUGCGCCAUGAACUUCACCAUUUCGCGGCCACAAUUCAUCGCUACCUCCUGGUGGAUGUCGUGGCCACGGAGUUCAAGCUGCUGGAAGCGAAGGUGAUGGAAGCUUCCUCCCUGGACGCACUCCUCGCCGCCCACAGCGGUUGCCUCCGGCGCUGUGUGGCCCGGAGCUUCCUGGAGGCUGGCUCGCAGGACGCCCUGACUGCUGUGGUCGGCAUCCUGGACCAGGCCUUGGAGCUGUCGUGCCUGCUUGAAGAGGUGGAUUUGCAGCUGCCAUCUCUACCGGCUUCGUUGAUUGUCCGCUUGCGUCGCAUUGAGACGACAUUUUGCGACUUGAGGAGAAGCCUGAAGCUUUGCUACAUGGACGGAGGAUUGGCUGAAGCAGAUGCAUUGGUGCAGGAGGUUCUUCCGGCUCCCGAUGACUUCAGCUAG